AUGGUGGUACUUGACGUAAAACUAGUCAGUUAUGAAACUUUCAUGACUAUACCGACUUCAAUGUAUAAAACCGUGGGCGUCAAUCUGAAAAGGCUCCGAGGACGGCAGUCAUUUUGGACCGCUUUGAAUUUCUGGGUUGGUUUCACUAACCUGAAUGCCAUCAUUUUGGCCGAAUUCAUCUUCCUGUACAAAACAUUCGGGCAAUUCUCCAGCUUUCUGGAGGUUACUGCAAUCGCUCCAUGCCUUGGAUUCUGCAUCAUGUCCGACUUCAAGAUUUCAGCAAUCCUGAGUAAUAUAGCCAGCAUCGAGAAUGUUCAGCAAACAUUAAACACCAUCUUUCCUAGGACGGCCACAGCUCAGCAAAGAUGUUUUGCUGGUUAUACGGCUGUCACUUUUACAAUUUCGGCUGAUAUCCUUAUGUGUUGCAUUGUAACACAGUUAGCAAUGAAUUUCGAUAUGAUUUCAAGGGAAGUUAGGAAAUUCGAACCAAGUGGUACUGAAGGCGAUUUGGAAUUCCUUAGGAGAUUGAUUAGGAAACACCAGGUACUUCUGCGAGUAUCCGAGGAGCUAAACAGCAUUUUCAGUCCAUCAAUUCUCUUCAACUUCUUGGCAUCCUCGCUGAUCAUCUGUUUGGUGGGUUUUCAAGCAACUGCUGGCGUAGCCCCAUUGGAUUUCUUCAAAUAUCUCCUGUUUUUGUUGGCAUCAUUAUUACAAAUAUUGUUGAUAUGUUAUUUCGGAAAUAUGCUCAUAGAUUCGAGCAGCGAUAUUGCGAAUGGAGCCUAUGAACAUAAUUGGAUUGUAGCCGAUGAGAAAUAUAAAAAAUUGUUGCUGUUUCUUAUUAUGAGAGGGCAAAGGGCAUCCGCUUUGAAAGUUGUGACAUUCGAUGAUGUAUCCUUGAGGAGUUUUAUGAAGGUGUGCAGUAUUUCCUAUCAAUUUUUCGCUCUUUUACGGACUGUCUACAGCAAAUAA